CAAGGAUGCUCAAAUGUAUGGCAGGUCGCCCGGCGGCCGGGAACCAAGACGUCUUUGCCAAGCCUCCGACGGGCCUUCCGAGCGCCGUCUGGGAAAAGGAGUUUAGCGUCCUCUUCAAUGGGCGCAAGCCCGUCGGCCUCGGCUUCGUGGCCACCGACGUCGCGACGCCGUAUGGGACGUACACGUGCGUCGUCCAGCACGUCAUCAACGCCAAGGUGCACGCGAACCACGCGUUCGACCACAACGAGCACUGCUACUUGAGCUGCAAUCUCAAGCGCGUCAUCAUGCCCGGCCUCGUCAUUCGCGGCAUCAAUGACCUCGACGUGCGCGAUACAAGUUUCGACGUCGUCGUCGCCAAGGUCAAGACGGCCAAGCGUCCGGUCUUGCUCACGUUUGCCGACCCCAAGUCGGCCGAUGUCGCCGCGAACAACGAGCAGCCCGCGCUAUCAGACGAUAGCGACGUGCGCGAGCGCAAGCUUCACGACGAAAUCAUCGAUCUCCGCACGCAGCUCGACGAGAGCUCUCGGCAACGGGACGAGGCGCUCCGUCAGCUCGAGCUCUUUAAGAAGUGGAACGAUUCGCUUCUCGCGACCAACAGCGAGAUGGACGCGACGACGACGGAGCUGCAUGACCGCAUUGCGCAAGAGCGGGCGGCGUACGAAGCCAAACACGCCUCGCGGCUCCUGGAGCUUCAGCACGAGCGCGACCACGCUACAAGCAAACUGCAAGAGCUGCGCGUGGAGCAUGCUAGCAUGGCCACGCGAGCCGAUGAGCUGCACGCGCGCCUUGAGGCCGCACAGCAAGCCAAGCGAGCGUCCGAUAUGAAGCUCGCAGCGCUCGAGGCGGCACGUCUUGAAGACCUCCGCGCGAUGGAGGCGCUUCGGCGAGAGAUCCACGACGAAGAUGACGCGACGACGGAGCUCGAUAAGCUCUUAGCGACCGAGCAAGACAAUGCGGCCUUGGCAACGUGCGCAAGUGUCAAGCAGCAACAUCUGGACAUGCUCGCAUCGGUGCGGCAACAGCGCAAGGACCACGAACAACACAAGCGCGACCUCGAGGCCAAGCUCCAAGCACACGCCGACCACGUCAAGAGCGUCAUCCUAGAUCUCGAGCACCAGCGACAAGCCCACGCUGUGGCCAAGCAAGUGCAGGAGACGACCAUGUCGCUACCGCUGUUGGCCACCGAGUCGCACGAGAUCCAGACGGACGCGUCGCCCGAGCCUAACGCUGCGUGGCAGGACGAAAAGCUGACGCUGACCAACCGGAUUCACGAACUGGAGGCGCAGCUCGAGGCCGAGAGGCAAAUUGAAGCGUCGCUGAGCGACACGAUCGCAGGUGCAUCGGCCAUCGAGGCGGCGCGCGCGGCCCGCGACCAAGCCAAGCUGCUCAUCCUUCGGCGCUUCAUGACGCAACUUUCAACAACGGGGAUCCUCGUGCACAAGCAUGGCCGCAUGGGGGCUGCGCACCCUCGCUUUUUAUAUGCUGACGUCGCGGGGCACUGGCUGAGCUGGAUGAGCGUCGACGAUGCAAAGAAAGAAGGCGCGUUCCAGCACCCGCGCAAGCAAACCACGAUCGAGCUCAAGCUCGUCGUUGACGUCUUGCCCGGGAAGCAGACGCAUGUCUUCCACCGAACCUCGGUGACACCGGCGAACCGUUGUUUCUCGCUCAUCUGCGCCAAGCCGUGUCGCACCAUCGACAUGGAAACCGAGACGCCCGAGCAAUGCCAGCGGCUCAUCCAAGGCUUCCGGCUCAUCCGCCAAGCGUUUCUGGACCACGGAGCGAUCGUUCUCUAAUCUAUCUACGCCUUUAUUCCGUAUUAUUGACGAC